CCCUGCGGCGUUCUUGGCUACCGCGUGGUCACUGGCAGGCAGCGGGGAAGCAAGAUGAGCUGCUUGCCGUGUUUCGGGAAGAAGAAGAACGAGGGAGGGGGCGACGAGCAGGCGGAGUCGUCGCGGGGGCCCAUGACGCCGCCUCCCGCGGUGCAGGCGCCCGCGCCAUCCUACGGCGCCCCGGCUUCUGCCGCGCCCGUCGCGGUCGCCGCUCCAGCGCUAGUCACGCCGGCCAAGCCGCCCGGCGAGAACAACGCGGGCUCCUCGGAGGACGCGCUGCGGCAAGAAAUCGAGGUGAAGGCGUUCGCGUUCCGGGAGCUCGCGGCGGCCACGGACCACUUCACGCCGUACAACCUCGUCGGAGAAGGGGGUUUCUUCAGGGUGUACAAGGGCCAGCUAGACAAGGACGGGCAGACCGUGGCCAUCAAGCAGAUGGACAAGCAUGGCUUCCAAGGCAACAUCGAGUUCCUGACCGAGGUCUCCAAGCUCAGCAAGCUUCACCAGGAGAACCUAAUCGACAUCCUCGGCUACUGCGCCGACGGCGACCAGCGGCUCCUCGUCUACGAGCACAUGGACGGCGGCACCUUGGAAGACCACCUCUUCGACUUGCCGCCGGAGAAGAAGCCGUUGGACUGGACGACGAGGAUGAAGGUGGCUUAUGGCGCGGCGCAGGGUCUCGAGUACCUGCACGAGAAGGCGAACCCGCCAGUGGUAUACGGGGACUUCAAGGCCUCCAACGUCCUCCUCGACGCCAGCUUCACGCCCAAGCUCUCCGACUUCGGCCUGGCGCAGCUCGGCAAGACGGGUGGCGGCAACAUGCCCAUGGCGUCGCCGAUGAUGGGCUCCUUUGGGUGCCUCGCGCCCGAGUACGACCGCGGCGGCCAGGUCACCAUGAAGUCCGACGUCUACAGCUUCGGCGUCGUGCUGCUGCAGCUCAUCUCCGGCAGGCGGACCGUCGACACCAACAAGCCCGUCGAGGAGCAGAACGUCGUCACCUGGGCACAGCCGAUGUUCAAAGACCAGAAGAGAUAUCAUGAGCUGGUGGAUCCGCUCGUCAAAAGGGAGUACCCGGCCAAGGCGUUGAACCAAGUGGUGGCCAUGGCGUCGAUGUGCUUGCAAGAAGAGGACUGCGUGCGGCCGAUGAUGGGCGACGUCGUCAUGACGCUAGGCUUCCUCACCGCGCUGCCACCGGAUCCACCGAGCGUCAACGUCCCUCCUCCGGCUGCCGCCCCAGAGCCCAAGAAAGACGAAAAAUCGCACAAAUCGCACCACUCUGACAGUUCGUCGUCCUCUUCGGAUGACGAUGACAACCACGACGAGGAGGAAGAGGAGGAGGAAGAAGAGGAGCAGAGUUAA